AUGUCCAUCAUUUACGUGGAUGAGUUCGCCAUCCGGUUGCCAUCGGAGGUGCGCAACACCUUCAACCCGUUGUGCGCUUUCGGGAGCUGCAGCAGCAAUAGCAACAACAACCGUUCCUCCACAUCUGUGAUGGGACUUCGAGAGGUACAGUCAGGUCACUUGCUUCUGCCCAUUGAUGCCGAGGGCUCAAUCGUUGUCACUCCUGGACAACGGUACACCGUGGUUCUUGUUCGCGAGACCCGCCGCGGCGCUGCGGCGUCAGCAGCUGCGCCACCCGUUGGGGCAGAAUCCUCCUCGGCUGCAAGCAAUGGUCAUCAAAGCAGCACUGAUGGCAGCACCAACAGAGCGAAAAAGUCUGCGGCUCCCGUGAAUUCUCGACAGCAGCUGCAGCCGCAGCAAAUGUCUGCUCAGCAUCAGCAGCCCGCCAAGCAGCCCAGCUUGCCAUGUGACGCCGCUGCGACAACACCCAUAACUCCACCAGCCAUGCCGCCUGUCCAGAAAGACAGCUUGUCCAAGAAGAAGCGCAAAGCGAUGCUCGAGUUGUCCAUAGCGGAGCAGGUCCACGGGGACGAGGCUCCACGGCCUCCUACUGUAGCGGAAUCAGAUCAGUUCAGCAAGAAGCGGAAGCGCCAGGACGACGACGCAGCACGGGCGCAGCAGCAGCAGCAGCAGCGCCGGCAAAAGUUGUCUCCCACUACGAAUGCGAGAGUUGGGGUGGCGGACACUGAUGAUGCCCCGCUGAUGGAGGCAUACAAAAGCUCCCAGUCGCACACUUCCUCGCGCACCUCUCCGGUGAUAAAGCCGCCAACGUCUGCCGAGAUCGGCCACCACAGCAAUCGUGGCCCACUCCGCAGCAAAGCAGAGGUAUUAGGGGUGCCGCCUCAGCCAAUGCGCCGCAGUCUUAGCAGCACCGACAGCUACGACGACGAGGAAGGCGCACCGUCGCUGGCGCAGUUGUACAGUACCCAGUCCGCGGUGUCGCAGUACCCCGCUCCUGAGGUUGCGCAUACAGAGGAGGAGACGCGCACAAGCGCCACUUCCAAGAGGCGCCACUCCCCCUCGGAGAAGAAGACCAAAUCAAUUUCUUCUGACGCUGCAGUAUCGACAGCCGCGCCACGAGCCUCCUCCCAAUCACAGCCAGCAACAAAGACAUUGCACCAGAAGAGCGUCAGCCCAGACAGAGUCCCCGUGACGCUGCCGCCGUCGUCCCGGACGAGCACCGUCCGUCGCGUCCCGCUAGACACCUCAAGCGACUCAGAUUAG